CACGACACUUGCCACGUCGCCAGCUCCCGCGCCACUAUCUGCCACGUCCGCACUUGCAACUUCAGCAACUCGCCUGCACUGACUCUCCAACAUCACCACUGUCAUGGCACGGGAGCAACGGGCCCCGUUCUGGGAGGACAUGACCUACAACAGGGACCACGUCGUGUGGACUUGGGUCACUCUUGGCCAGAUGCUAUCGGGCAAUGCUCGUGGGUCGAGAAGACUGCGAUGCAAACUCUGCAACAAGGAGUACUCCGGGAAUCGGAAGCGUGCGUGGGAGCACUUCAUUCUGGCGAGGGCGUCUGCCAGGUGUCCAUAUUCAAACCUAUCCAUUUGGAGGAGGCUGCAUGGCAUAGGUGUACAGUUGCCACCAGACCUGCAUGAGAGGGUGCAGCGAGUGUUGGAGAUGGAGAAGAGUGACGAGGAGGACACUCCUGUUCUGGGUGGAGGAGAAGGGGGUGAAGGUGGGAUUGAUGAGGAUCCCGGGGAGGCACUUGGCGGGGACACCGGGGAGGUUGACAUCGCUGAGGAUGAGGGGACGAGGGGUGUUGUGACAGGUGGCCUUGCUACUGCAGGGAGGGCUGGUUCCUCGCAGGCCGUGUUGCAGGGGGCGCGCACACGUGGCCCGGUGAAGCAGAUGAGCAUCAGGAGGUUUGCGAAGAACCCGAGGCAGGAGGACAUGGAUGACUCCUGCUGCGAGUUCUUCUGGGGGGUGGAGAAGAUCACGGCGAUAGGCACUGAUUCUUUCGCCGAGAAUUUGAGUGUCGCGAGGAUGUUGAGCGAGGACCCCGAGUUCAGACAGAUCUAUUGGAUCCCUUGCACAGCUCAUUGCAUGGACCUCCUCAUGCACGAUAUAGGCAAGAAGGAGUGGGCGGAUGACAUCAUCACCAAGGCCAACAAAGUAGUGAACUUCUUCCGGGUUCACAGAUGGCCUCGGUCUCAGUUGAGGACACAACUGUUGAAGUACCCCGACUUGAAUUGCACCUGCCUCCUUCGGCCUUCUCAGACAAGGUUCGGGACGAACUAUGUGAUGCUGCAGCGACUUGAGGUGUGUGAGAGGGUCAUUGUGCGUAUCGUCACUGGAUACGGCUGGGAGACCAUGUUGUGGCGAGGGGAUAUCAGGGCGAAAGCCGACUUCGUGGAGGAAACAGUUCUUGACAAAGCAUUUUGGGUUGAGGUCAAGAAGCUGACUGUCGUCAUGAAGAGGCCUUAUAAUGUGUUGCGAGAGGUGGACAAAAAUGUUCACUGCUUGUCACGCAUCACAUUCUAUGAUUUGGUGUGUCGGUUGCCCGACUUUGUUCGCUCGACCCCCCUCACCGCGGACCAGCGAGAAGACUUUAUGAGGGAUGUCGGCAACAGGACCGACAUGUUGCUCAUCCCCAUCCACGCCGUUGCUCGGCUGCUGAAUCCUAUGUUGAGGGACAUUACUGUUUUUAGUAAUGUCGACCGCAUGGCACAGUUCGAGAGCGUUGUGGAGCGGCUCAUCGGGAAGAAGGGGAGCUCGAGAUUUGACGACUGCAUGGACCAGUUAUACGAGUUCCAGUUUGGGAGAGGAGUCUUCGACUCUUCAGCACCCCGCAGGCAAAGAAACGGGUUGAGAAGGACAAUGYGGUGCUGUGGUGGGAGGCGCAUGGUGCAGGCCAUCCAGAGAUCCGGGAGUUGGCGCUGAAGGUGCUUUCCAUUUAGACGACUUCCUCUCCGGCUGAGAGGAACUGGAGCACUUGGGUUCUAGUGCAGACAAAGUC